UACAUGAUUUUACCUCUAUUAAAAGUUUAUGUAUAUGUGAAAAAAAAAUCUUUACUUGUAUUACAUCAUGUUCUACAUAUUUUGGUUUAGACCACAAUACAAUCUACUGGCAUGUUCGUACCGUAACGUAACCAUCAACGUGAAUGGCGUGACCAGCCAACCGAAGGCGUAUAUUGGCUUACUUAUGAACACAGCUAAUAUGCAAGUGUACGCCGCUUGUCCAAUGGAAAGUAGUUACUACCUGGCGGGAACGUUACCAUGGUAACGGGGACAAAAAACAAGAUGGAGUAAUGCAGAAGUAAUAAUUUCUAUUUUCGUUCGUCAGUGAUGUGAAUCAAUUUAGAAUUAAAUGUGCUGGUUGAAUUCAAGAAUAAGCAAACAUGUUUCCAGAAAAAGUGGAGCAAAACCACGAAUUGUUAUACAAGUUAUCACCUCCUGAUAACUACAGACGUGGAGAAUAUGGUCUCUUCAUCUGACAGAAGUAGAAAGACUGUUAGCACUACACCACAGAGGAAUACAGAUAAAAUUACAGGAAUUUCUUAUAAAGCUAUCCUCAUGCCAUUUGUGUUCAUCAUCAGCUGCUUCACAGUACUUGUGGGACUGUGGCAGUUAAUGAGACGAGAUGUCUACGUUACUCACGCGGUCAUCCAGACUGACCGCCUGGUACACAAAACAGACCAAAACUUCCUGAGUGUUGCUCUUGACACAUCACAUAUUCAAGAUGGCUGGGUGCACAAGAAUAUCAAGUCUGAAGUAUUGCUCAAGAUGACAGUAGCCCUGGCUCCAGCGUAUCUCCGUGUUGGGGGCACAAUGGCUGACAGACUGAUCUUCCAGCCAGAAUGCAGCUACAGUCCAGUGAAAGACAAAUCCAACCUAGUGAACACGAGUUAUUUUAACAUGACAGCAUGUGACUGGAUCGCACUGAACAGGUUUGCUCAUGCUGCAGGACUUCAGCUGCUGUUUGACCUGAACGUAUUGCUCAGGAAUGGAACUGAGUGGGACAGCUCAAAUGCAAGACUGCUGCUCGACUUCUCUGACAAACUCAAUUUUGACAUCAGUUGGCAGCUUGGAAAUGAGCCAAAUUCUUUCAAUCACGUAUUUGGGACACCACUGUCUGGGCACCAACUAGGUCAAGACUUUGUAGAGCUGCGUCGCUUGCUGAAUUCAUAUCCACGCUACAACACGUCGCUACUAGUGGGGCCAGAUGUGACCCGUCCACUAAUACACCAAAUUGGGGAACAACCCAUACCAUACCUCAAAAGCUUCUUGGCGCGGGCCACAGGUGCAAUCAGCGCCAUCACCUGGCACCAGUACUACCUGAAUGGAAGGAAAGCAAAGCUCAAGGACUUUGUCAGCCCAGAUGUUCUGAACAUCCUGGCAUGCCAGAUCUCUGCAUUAUGCAGUGCAACCACAGGGGUGCAUCUCCCCUUGUGGCUCAGUGAAACAGGGUCAGCAUAUGGGGGAGGUGCUCCUGGUCUGUCGGACCGCUUCGUGGCUGGGUUCCUCUGGUUGGACAAACUUGGGAUGGCAGCCCACCUGGGGGUUGACGUGGUGGUGCGACAGUCACUGUGCGGCGGGAACUACGGGCUGUUGGGCCCAGAAAUGGAACCGCUGCCAGACUGGUGGGUAUCAGUGCUCUACAAGAAGUUGGUUGGACUGGGUGUAUUGAAUGUGGUCAGAGAUGACAUCAUAGAAGUGUCCUGUCUGGGUGAACAGGGUCAUGUGCGUCUGUAUUGUCACUGUGCAAAUCAGCGUGGUGCAGUCACCCUGUUCGGUGUGAACGUCAUGAACAGAGAAAGUCACGUCAUGGUGAUGGGGCUGCCACCAUCAGACAGUGUGUUGGCAUAUGUGCUGACAGCUGAUACAAUCCUGAGCUCUAGGUACAUUCUUCUGAAUGGCAGGAAACUGAGCCUCAAACCAGAUGGAUCACUUCCUCCAUUCAAACCAAAAUUCCUAAACAUUAGCAAACCUCUGGUCAUGCCUGCAUUCUCUAUGGUAUUCUGGGUAAUAGAGGAUGUGCAUGUUCCCGUGUGUGAGGACACUUGAACGGCUUUGGCAAAUCCCUGGAAUUUUACUUUAAGAUCGUGCAUAUUCCAUAAGGUUUGUUAAUUAUGAAACAUCAUGGUGGAUCAGUACAAUGCUCCCCAUAUAUUCAUAACUUCCUCUAAGAUCUAUUUUAACAUUCCUCUCCCAUUUGUUAUGGCCUAUAUUAUUUCUUUGAAUUUUUCAUAUGCAUUUAUGACAAGUCUGUUGUUAUGAUUGCUACUUGUCUCCAUCUUGAUUCAGUUCAACAUAAUCCACGUAACAAUAAAUUUUCCUCAAAACCAACUUUAA